GGCGGAAACCGCCUGCAGAAACCAACCGCCUUUCCUCACGUACUGUAUCAGAUCCAGUUCUUGCUGUCUGUCGGCCUGAAAAACGGACCGCGGACGGAUAGAAACGAGCAGAACGAGGAGCGGUGCAUAGAGGGACGACAAGAUGCCGCACAACUUCCGGCCCGGGGAUCUUGUCUUCGCUAAAAUGAAGGGUUACCCUCACUGGCCGGCCCGGAUUGAAGAUGUUGCAGACGGGGCUGUCAAACCACCUCCUAAUAAGAUCCCCAUUUUCUUUUUCGGGACUCAUGAAACUGCAUUCCUUGCACCCAAGGACCUUUUUGCAUAUGAAAAAAACCAAGAACGCUAUGGGAAACCCAACAAAAGGAAAGGGUUCAACGAAGGCUUAUGGGAAAUCCAAAACAACCCCCAUGCCUCCUAUAACACCCCUGCAGCUGCGUCAUCAUCGGACAGCGAGGACAACCAACCUGCUGCCGGAAGUGAUGCGGAGGAAGAAGAGGAAGCAGUGGUACCAAGGAAAGCCGAAACGGGAAGUGAUGAUUCUGACUCCGGGAGUGAGGAUCAAAAGAAGCCAGCAGCGAAGCGGAAAGCUCCUGCUCCAAAGCGACCACCAGUGAAGAAAGCGCGGGCAUCAUCCAGUGAUCGAGAUGGAGAGGAGAGUGGAUCUCCCUCAGAACCAGAACCGUCACCCAGCUCAGACUCUGACUCCGGCAAAAACAGUGACCAGGACUUCACACCACAGAAAGAGGCAGGCGGUCGAGGAGGCAAGAAGCCAGCUGGCAGAGGCAGGAGGAAGAAGGCAUCUUCUGGCUCUGAUUCAGACUCGGGCUCUCAGUCAGAUCAAAAGGCUGCCAGGAGCGAUUCAGAAGACGAGAAGCCACGGCCAGCCGCUUCCGGAUCUGAAUCGCAGUCUGGAUCCAAAUCCGACUCCGAUUCAGAGCCUCCUCCUCCUCCCCCUACAAGAAAAGCCCCACAAGGACGCAAGAAAGCGGAGAAACCACCACCAAAGCCACGGGCGAGGAAAGCCAAACCGGCUCCAGAACGAGCUCCUUCCUCAUCAUCGGAUAGCGAUAGUGACAGCGACACAGACCGUGUCAGUGAGUGGAAGAAGAGAGACGAGGAGCGAAGGAAGGAGCUGGAAGAGCGGAGAAAGAGAGAGGAGGCUGAAGAGCUCCGCCGGCUCCGGGAGCGAGAGAAAGAGGAGGAAGAAAAAAGGAAAAAAGACAAAGAGACCAAGGUGAGGAGAGAAAGCAGCAGCAGUGGUAGCAGCUCCUCGGACGAUGAAGUGGACGAUCAUCCUCUCAAAAAAUCGAAGAAGCCUCCGCCUCCACCCAUCCCUGCACCGUCUGACUCGGACUCGCCACCACCCUCAGAGCUGAAAAAGAAAAAAGAAAGCCAAAAAGGGCGGCAAAAGAAAGAGAAGGAGGUGAAGGAGAAAAAAGAGAGACCGAUCAAAGAGAAGAAGCCACAGAGAUCAGAGGAGAAACACAAAGCAAAGCCUAAACCAGAGAAGCCGAAACGGAAGCCGGUGCGUCCACCUGAGAAGAAAGUGGAGAAGAAAAAAGAGCCCUCGCCAGAAGAGAAACUACAGAAGCUCCACACAGACAUCAAGUUUGCACUAAAAGUUGACAACCCGGAUAUCGAGAAGUGUCUACAAGCCUUGGAUGAGCUCAGCUCGGUACAAGUGACCACUCACAUCUUACAGAAGAAUGCAGACGUUAUUGCCACCCUCAAAAAGAUUCGUCGGUACAAAGCCAGCAAUGCAGUCAUGGAGAAGGCCACCGCAGUCUAUAAUAAACUAAAGCUUCAGUUCAUAGGCAAGAUUGAGACUGGUAAACCAAAACCCAAUGAAAAGAAUCAAGAAAGCAAUGAGCAAGACGCACAAAACACAGACGAUUCCAAACCAGUGAAUGGAGAAUCUGAAGGAGAGAGAAAAGAUGUUUCUGAAUCUGAAAGCCAUUCCAAACCCACAGACCAAGACAAACCGGAUGAGAACAAAUCCCCAAAUGGCAUCAGGCCUGAUCCAGACGAGCCAGCAGAUAAGCUAAACGACUCCACUGAGGCUGAUCCCACAGCGGACGCAGAUGUAAAAGAGGACAGCAGAGAGCAGGACGAGCAGAUGUCGUCUGAGAGCUAACUGCGCUCGCCUCCUUUUAUGCUCACAAACACACCUUGGCUUCCUUCAUUCAUCUGUGUUACUUUUUGUCUGCCCACCUUUGUGACUUACAUGAGUUUUUCUUCGUGUUGUACAUAAAACGUGAUACGAACAUUUAUUAGCACUUUUGAAUCGAGGCGUCACGAGGCAAACAAGCGCCUUAACCUAAGUGUUCCACGCGGAGGAUUCUGAUGAUCGAGGGGGAACGUUUUAUUUCAGAACCACACUGACGUCAAAAAAAACAAACAAACAAAAAAAACACCGAAGCCCAAAUGUAUUUGGAGACUGUGCUUGUAUUAUGUAGCCGCUUUUUAUGAGUCAAACUUUUUUCCUUUUAUUUUAUAUGAAAAAAGGAAAAAGAAAAAAAAAAAUCUGUUUUUGUGUUCAUCGACUCCCAUUCAGCAAGAAAUCAUGAAGCAUCAUCAUCAUCGACAUUCUUAUUAGUGCACAAAUCUACAUCUGAUCUGUCUGGUAUGGAUUUCAGUAACUCCUGUCUAUAGACUUUUACUAAAUUCUGUAGACGUAUUGACCGUUUGUUGUUGGUUGUUCGGUCCUCUGAUUAUGGCACCUUACAUCUGCUUUGGUUGACCCGAUUAAUGCCGUUUUGUUUAUCUUGGAUGUCAUAAAACAUGCUUAAUAUGAACAUGUUUCUAGUGCUAUGUAACUUGGUCCAAGCUUUUUUUUUUUUUUAGUAUCCGUAAAAGGAUUAAAUAAAAAAUCCGCAUGAUGGACACAAUUUUGAAUGUUUUUGUAGAAGAACCAUUUAUUCAAAAUAAAUUACUAGUAUAGUGGUAUACUACUCUGAAA